AUGAUAAUAAAUCUUUUUUCUAUUUUUGACCCUUCUUUAAGGUUGUUUUCUAUUUCUUGAGUAAUAUGUGGAUUUGUUUUUGUUUUGUUUCCUUCUUUAUAUUGAGUUGGUGGAAUGUAUUCUUAUUUAUUUCUUAACCUAUUUUGUUUUAGGAAAAAGGAGGUUGAUUAUAGUGUUAGUAAAGUAGCAAAAGGGGUUUAUAAGAUGAUUUUAAGAAUUUUUAUCUGUAUUAUGUUAUAUAAUUUUUUUGCUAUUUUUCCCCAUAUUUUUUCUAUCACUUCUCAUUUGUUAGUAACUUUCCCGUUAUCAUAUAGAUUUUGGGUUGGGAUUAUUUUAUUCAGCUUGUAUAAAUCUUUAAAAGAUUUUUUAAUUCAUUUAAUCCCAACAGGCACUCCUUUGGGUUUAAUUAGUUUUAUGGUUGUUGUGGAGUUGCUAAGAAAUUUUAUUCGUCCUAUGGCUUUAACUUUUCGAUUAACUGCUAACAUAAUAGCUGGGCAUUUACUUAUGAGAUUGAUUGGGAAUGCUGUUCUUUUUUUGCCAACUUAUUUUUUGAUUUUUGGGGCUAUAGCCCAAAGGCUUCUAGUGUUUAUGGAGUUGGGUGUAUCUAUUAUUCAGGCUUAUGUUUUUUCUACUUUAUUACUUUUAUAUCUUUCUGAGGGGGAGAGGUCUCAUUAA